AUGGCUCGUAACAGCAAGCGGAAGAAUGUACCUCCGGCGAGUAGUGAGAGCAGCAAACCUGCCAAACGUCAGCGUAAACCAUCCCAAAUCUUCGAGCAAGGUAUCAAUCCUGCACCUCCCACACCUCCGUCAACGGUCAGGCGCCUAAACCGCUCGCGAGUACCGACUCCGCAGCGUAAUCACGAUAUUCCGAGCCCAGUUUUCGAACCUGAGGCGCCAAGCCAGCUCACCACUGACACCGCUGAUAUACUUGGGGAGGAUGAAGACGAGGAGGUAUUUGACACGACGGCGGACGAUGAGGAUAGACCCGUAGAGUUUGCUUUGCGAGCUGCUACUGCUGAAGAAGAUGAGGGAGUUAGCGAGCGAGCUGCUGGCGGUGCUGGAGACUCACCAGGUGUUGCUGUCGCUGCCUCAGCGGCUCAAUCGAGUCAGCGGCAGCGCCUGGAGUCACAGAAUGAAGAAGUUGACGAGGAGCCACACCUGCACUUUCGAUACCGCGCGUUCUGGGGGUCAGUAGAGAAGAAUGCGAUAGCUUCAGCUUCUGACUCUAGGCGUAAUAAACCUAUGUACACAGUCAGCGAGGAUAAGGUGUGGCGAUGGGCGGAUAGUGUAAUAGAGUCGCAGAAGCCACGCCCGCAAGCCAAAGCCGAUAGGUGUACUAUUGCGCUGCAGCGUAGUCGACGUGUAGCUGGUGAGGGAUUUACUGUCGGUAACUGGUUGGACUUUGAGGACGAGGUUGUAGAAAUGAACAAGGAGAGCGCUCAGCUAAUGACGUGCGACUUUGAUUUGGUGUUGAGGGACGAGCUGCCGGCAUUACAGCCAGCAUCGCAGCUGGCUCGUAGUGGUGGUGUUGCUCGCUCGCGACCUGGCAUCGUUACGGCUAUACAAGAGGAUGGACUCGCUGCUGUCGUUACUGCUGAAAGGUGUGCAAGUGGCGUUGCAAUCGGCAUCAAAGACUAUUGGAGAUGCAACGAAGAAGGAUGCAGCAAUAACACUAAUACUUGCUGGCGGCGUCCUCUACCUGGUCGCCAAAUCGAUCGCCCGGAAGAGCACUACAAGGUCAAUGGCAACACCAUCGCGACCUGGGCGACCGCUGUGGCCCGAGAAGAGUGCACGAUUCAAGAGCCAUCUGAUGAGAUUCACCUCUCUCUCAUGAUGGCAAAAGACCGUUCUGAAAGCGAGAAGAGGCGCCGGCGGCGGAAGGUGUCACCAACUUCUUCAAACUCUAGCAUCGAAGGUCUCACAAAAGCUAUCCUCGCUGGUCAUCUCGCUCAAAUGAGAGCACCUCAGCAGUGUCAACACCAAUCGGCAGAGUAUGGGGAGUACUCCAAGUACAAGAAGUGGGAUGAUAUCACCUGCCCGCAAGUUGAGCUACACCAACACACAUAUAACUUCUUCAAAUACUGGUGUUACGCAAUGCCACAGCUUCAGGCGGACAUUACAAAGGUCAAGAGGGAGGUCUUUGAGAAGGGACACUACGACAUAAACAUGCUUAUGGACAGGCAGACAGGUAUGACACUCGAGGCGUGGGUGGAGUACUUUAACCAACCUCCAUCAAUGCUGUCGCAUCUUAGAAGAAAGGCACAUGAUUGGAGGAUGGACUACGGCGGCUUAACACAGAGAAACUUAGAUGCAAUACAGAAGCUUUAUAGGAACGCAGAGGCUGACGAGACACCGGAGCGAGAGGUGUUGGGGGAAGUUAGUGGAAACUGA